CGCCUCUAUGUAUAACCCAACUCACUACCAUCCACUAUGAAAGUCUCUACUUACAAACUCUUAGCUGGCUUCCUAUUCGUUUUCUUUUUCUACCACUGCCAAGCCUGUCCACGUUACAAGUUUGUUGUGAAAGAAGCUCCAUAUACGAGACUAUGCAGCUCGAAGAACAUACUUACCGUAAAUGGCCAAUUUCCGGGUCCUACUUUAUAUGUUAAUAAAGGAGACACCAUCGUUGUUGAUGUUUACAACAGAGGAAACUAUAACAUCACCAUUCAUUGGCAUGGUGUGAAACAGCCAAGAAAUCCAUGGUCUGAUGGUCCAGAAUACAUCACUCAGUGUCCUAUUCAACCAGGAGCAAAAUUUAGGCAGAAGAUCAUUUUUACUACCGAAGAAGGAACUUUGUGGUGGCAUGCUCAUAGCACAUGGUUGCGAGCAACUGUCCAUGGUGCUCUGAUUAUUUAUCCCAAGAUGGGAACAAGAUAUCCUUUUCCGAAACCCGAUGUAGAAAUUCCCAUCAUAUUAGGAGAGUGGUGGCAAGAAGAUAUAAUGCAGGUAUAUCUAGAUCUUGAACGCUACGGCGGCCUAGGAGUCACUUCCGACGCCUACCUCAUCAACGGCCAGCCUGGUGAUCUUUAUCCCUGCUCUAAACCAGAAACUUUAAGACUUAAGGUGAAGAGAAGUUUGACUUAUUUAUUUCGGAUAGUCAAUGCCAUCUUGAUAGAUGGCAUCUUCUUCACCGUUGCCAACCAUACUGUCACGGUGAUUGGAUCUGACGCUAGCUAUCUUAAACCAUUCAAUAGAACCUUCAUUUGCUUAACCCCAGGCCAGACCGUUGAUGUCCUUCUAGAAGCCAACCAAAGUCCCAAUCACUAUUACAUGGCCGCCAGCGUGUACACCACGGCUACUCUUCCAGGUUCUUACAACAACUCCACUACCACAGCUAUUGUAGAAUAUAAUGGAAACUACACUCCAUCCUCGCCGCCGGUGUUCCCCUAUCUUCCUGAAUAUCAUGACACAGAAGCAUCCGUUAAUUUUACCGCUAGUCUUCGCAGCUUAGCUGAUAAGGAGUAUCCAAUUGAUGUGCCAAUGGAAAUAAACACACAUUUGUUCUACACUAUUUCACUCGGCAGUCCAUGCAAAAACAACUCUUGCCCAGGUAUUAUUUUUGAAGUAUGCUUAUUUUUUAUUAAUUAAAUACAAAAAUAUUAAUUACAAGAUAAAUAUUAUUCAGAGUACUUUUUGUACUUUAUUAAUAAAAUUUUUCUUUGUCA